AUGAGUGGAACACGUUCUACCCCGGCACCAGCCAACUACGUCGCCUUCAGCGCGCCCAUCAACCCGCCCGGCGCGAGCCCGGUGCUCACGUACGCGCAGAUCUGGCAGGGCCUGCUGAAGAAGAUCCGCGCCGCGCAAGACUUUGUCGGGGCCGCCAUCGUCUCGACCGACGUCAUCUCCGAGUCCACCAGCGAGCACGGCCUGCCGGUGACGGUGCGCGAGGUCGUGUUCCGCGAGGGCGGCCGGCGCGUGCAGGAGCGCUGCGUCGCCUUCGAGCCCAUGAAGGUCGAGUUCCACCAGCCCGACGGCAGCAAGGUGCAGAACGUCAUCAGCCAGGACGCCGGCGGCAACCUCUACAUGACGUACACCUUCGAAUGGCUCCAUUACGACCUCGAGGGAGACGACGCGGCACUCGGGGCCGCCAGGGAAAAGGAGUGGAAGAUGGCCCAGCUCGCCGUGGAGAAGACGAUAGAGGUCAUGAGGGAGAUGGCGAAGGAUGGGAGAAUCAAAUGA